GCAAAAAAUAUGGCAAUCAUUAAAAAGCAUAAUGAAUUAUAUAAACAAGGCAAAUCAUCAUUUAUGCUUGGUCCAACUGUAAUGAGUGAUAUGACAAAAGAAGAUAUGGAUAGUGAAUUCCCGGCGAUAAAAUUUAACGAUACAGAUUAUCCACUACCACCGAAUUUAACAGAAAGUUCAGUGAAAAGUAUUAAUUGGGUCGAUAAAAAUGCUGUCACAAAAGUUAGAAAUCUAAGGAAAGAUGGGGUUUGUCGCGCUGCAGCUGGUGCCAGUUCAGUAGCGAAUGUUUUGGAAGCAUUAGUUAAAAUGCGAAGAAAAAAAUUGUUAACACUUUCGAUGCAGGAAUUAUUGGAUUGCGGUGAUACGGUGUGCGGUGGUGUGGGGAACUUUGAAAAGUAUUCCGAUUAUAUCAUGAAAAAUAAGGGAUUGGUCACUGAGAAGAAUUAUCCGUAUGUUAAGAAACGACAGGCAUGUACUGCCGCUGGUAAAAGAUUUGGAAGGGUUAAUUUUGUCCUGACACCGAGGCAUACUACAUCAAUGAUAUUCAAGGCAUUGCUAGCAAAAGGACCGAUUGCUACAAGAAUUUUAGUCACAGAAAAUUUCGUAAAUUAUAAAGAAGGAAUAUUUCGUGAUCAGUGCGAAUAUGGUUAUUAUUCGCAUACUGUAUUAGCUGUUGGAUUUACAGAGGAUUACAUUCUGUUAAAAAAUAGUUGGGGAACCGAUUGGGGUGAAAAAGGAUAUAUGCGUAUUUCAGUACAUCAAAGCGAAAAUUGCAAUAUAUAUCUUCAAUUAUUUGCUGUAAUUUAA